AUGUCAGACUCCGACUCGGAUCACAAGGCACACAAGAAAGAGAAGAAACAGAAACGAAAGGUCCAGUCUGACAGCUCUUCGGAUGAGGGCGUCAUCGAUCCGACCCCAGUCAAGAAAGCCAAGCCCAGCUCGAGUGGUGGUGCGUCCCUGUCGAAGCUCAACGGGAAAGACGCCAUCGACGUCGGCAAGAACAAGUUCGUGAGCAUCAGCGAAUUCAACGGCAAAAAAUUCGUCGACAUCCGAGAAUACUACAGCGACAAGGCCACCGGCGAAAUGAAACCCGGCCGCAAGGGGAUUGCGCUCUCGAUCGACCAGUUCCAUAUCAUCAAAUCGAACAUCGACCAGAUCGAGAAGAUGUACAACAAA